AUGACCGGGAAUCGUGUGCCGAUAGCGAACCACAUCGAUCAGGACUUGCUCGAUAGCAAUCCGACAAUUUUGGAUCACGUGAAUGAUGCAUUCGAUCUUGAUUACGACGCAAUCACUCUCCCGUUCACCAAACCCACCUGGAAAACUCGUUGGCAGCGCUACUGUGUUUCAAACGAAAACGAUGUCAAUAAGGGCAGAGCUAGGGCGAGCUAUAUAGCUGGAAAGUCUGAGAACGUUGUACAAGAUCGACAGACAGCCAAGGAGGCAGAAGUCUGGAGGCUAACAAGGGUUUACGAUAAGAAUGAAGUAAAUGUUUCUAAGCUUGACGAAUGCGAGUCGAUAAUUGCCUUUGCGUCAGAUUGGCUUGAGCUCGAUUCUCCAGAUGAGGGAAUCAGGUUUGAUUCGGAGAUGGCUCUGAAGCAGGAAGUCGCGUACGCUUCUUAUCUUAGUAUACACACGCUCAUAUUACCAGCACCGAAGAAUCGGAAACAUGUCGCAGACUAUGCUCGGUCUGUUAUGGCAGCAUUAGAUAGCACGUCGUAUUUGCAGCUUUCUGUCAUGAUACCUGUGUCUGAUCCUGCUGAACUUGAGCAAUCCGGCGUAUCCCCGGCGUUAUCUGAGUUCAAGGGCGAUCCUUCAUCGACGUGGGAAGUCUGGGAUGCUAUACGUACACUCUGUGACUACUCGCCUAGGCUUGGCCUGGCGUUGGAUCUUGGCCAGCCUCUGCCACCGCCCUGUGCACUCAAGAGAUGGUCGAGUGAACCAACUCGGCAGAUUAUUAUACCAGCAAAUGCCUUUGUAGGGAACGCAAAAGGAUAUCCUGUUCUCUCCAAGUCUUGUCAGGAGUUUAUCAAGGAGCAGAUCAAAACACUUCCGACAAUUGUACUCACUGAGACUUACGAAGGUAUUCACAAGUCCGGUGGCAGCAAAGCAUAUGUGCAAUACCUACGCUACAUGGAGAAGCUUUCAAACGACAGUGCAACUUCUGUCGAGCAGUUUGCAAGUGGAUAUAUGGAUUGGUUACAAGCACCGCUGCAGCCUCUUCUUGACAACUUGGAUAGCUCGACAUAUGAAAUAUUCGAAAAAGAUCCUAUCAAGUAUCAAAAAUACGAACAAGCAACAUACCUAGCACUGCUCGAUAAAGAACCAAAUUCACUGACAAGGAUAGCAGUCGUUGGUGCUGGUCGAGGGCCAUUAGUGCAAGGAGCAAUUAACGCAGUAGAAGCUGCAGCUGAAGGUAGAAGGAUACACAUAAUGGCCGUAGAGAAAAACCCAAAUGCUUGUGUAACAUUGCAAGGUAGAAUGGAUGAAUGGAAUGAGAGCAAAAUCGCGAGUGUAGAGUUGGUUUUUGGCGAUAUGCGUAUUAUAGAACUGGAAGACGAGCAGAAGAAUGAUAUACUCAUCUCUGAGCUACUUGGUAGCUUUGGUGAUAAUGAACUCUCUCCCGAAUGUUUAGAUGGUGCUAUGAGGCUUUUGAAGCCAUAUGGAGUGUCAAUACCAUCCUACUACACGUCAUACAUAGCCCCACUAUCGUCAACCAAGCUGUAUAAUGAGGUGAUGCACAUGGGAGAUGCUAAGAAUGCUGAAAUGCCUUACGUGGUCAUGUUCCAGGCUGUAAAUAUACUCAGCGGAAUGGAUAAAGAAAGCAAUCGUAAGGCAGUUCAGCAAUGUUGGUCGUAUAAGCACCCAUCCAAGUAUGAGUUUGUGAUGGAUCGAAAUGGGAAUCCGAUGACAAACUAUCAUAACACAAGAGCAGCCCAUCUGACAUUCACUAUUCCUUAUGCUGGUGUUCUGCAUGGAUUAGCAGGAUACUUUGAAGCACAUUUGUACGGGAAUGUGUGGCUAUCGACACAUCCAGAGCGUUAUGAUAAGGAAAUGUUAAGUUGGUUCCCAAUAUAUUUUCCAAUAAACACGGGCGUAUAUCUACCAACGAAUAGCGAGGUGGAUGUACAUCUCUGGCGUCUUACUGAUAACAAGAAGGUGUGGUUUGAGUGGUCGGUUGAAGUCUUUGUUAAGGCGGAUGAGAAGAGGAUAAAGAUCAAUCAGAGCAAAUUGCACAAUCAUGAUGCCAAGUAUAAUAGGAUUGAGUUGUAG